CACCGCCUUUCUAUAUAAUGGUCGCACCAUUGGCUCCCAACCUCCAUCAGACCCCUCUCUCUCUCUCUCACGCUGUUAAUCUGAGAGUGCUCCCGCUCUCUUUCUCGUACUCACAAUGGUGGAAGCAAGGUCUCUCAUGGUUGCCUCUGCUGCUCCGUUCCUUAAAGCUCUAAGCUCGAGCGCAAACGGCAGAAGACAGCUUUGCGUGAGGGCGGGUGGGGCAAGCGGCGAUGGGAAGGUGAUGAUUACGAAGGAAAAGAGUGGGUGGAAGAUCGAUUACUCGGGGGAGAAGCCAGCAACCCCUCUGCUGGAUAGCAUCAACUACCCGAUUCAUAUGAAGAACCUCUCCACGCGGGAUUUGGAGCAGCUCUCGGCUGAGCUCAGAGCAGAAGUCGUGUUCGCUGUGGCCAAGACUGGCGGCCACUUGAGUUCGAGCUUGGGAGUGGUGGAGUUGGCUGUAGCUCUCCAUCAUGUGUUCGAUGCCCCCGAGGACAAGAUCAUUUGGGAUGUCGGCCAUCAGGCCUACCCUCAUAAGAUAUUGACGGGGAGAAGGUCAAGGAUGAAUACCAUCAGGCAGACCGCAGGGCUUGCCGGAUUUCCCAAGAGAGAUGAGAGCAUCUAUGAUGCCUUUGGUGCUGGCCAUAGUUCCACAAGCAUCUCUGCUGGGCUAGGAAUGGCUGUUGCAAGAGAUCUGCUAGGGAAGAAGAAUCAUGUUAUUUCUGUCAUUGGCGAUGGAGCCAUGACUGCUGGCCAGGCCUACGAGGCCAUGAACAAUGCUGGCUACUUGGACUCCAACCUUAUUAUCGUGUUGAAUGAUAAUAAGCAAGUUUCGUUACCGACUGCAACACUUGAUGGACCAGCCACUCCUGUUGGUGCGCUGAGUAAGGCCCUCACCAAACUUCAAUCGAGCACUAAGCUGCGCAAGCUCCGUGAAGCCGCUAAGAAUAUCACGAAGCAGAUUGGUGGGCAGACACAUGACAUUGCUGCAAAGGUGGAUGAAUAUGCUCGUGGAAUGAUGAGUGCUACAGGGUCUUCACUGUUCGAGGAGCUUGGUUUGUAUUAUAUUGGGCCUGUAGAUGGGCACGAUGUGGAAGACUUGGUUACCAUCUUUGAGAAGGUGAAGUCUUUGCCUGCUCCGGGACCUGUCCUUAUUCAUAUUGUGACGGAGAAGGGCAAGGGGUAUCCCCCCGCCGAGUCUGCUGCUGACAAAAUGCAUGGUGUUGUGAAGUUUGAUCCAAAAACUGGGAAGCAAUUCAAAUCAAAAUCAUCCACCCUUUCGUACACUCAAUACUUUGCAGAGACUCUUAUUAAAGAAGCCCAGGUUGACGACAAGAUCGUCGCUGUUCAUGCUGCCAUGGGUAGUGGGACAGGGCUGAACUAUUUUCAGCACAAAUUUCCUGAAAGAUGCUUUGAUGUGGGAAUUGCAGAGCAGCAUGCAGUCACCUUUGCAGCUGGUUUGGCCACCGAGGGCCUCAAGCCUUUCUGUGCCAUCUACUCAUCAUUUCUGCAACGAGGAUAUGAUCAGGUGGUUCAUGAUGUGGACUUACAAAAGAUACCCGUCCGGUUCGCACUGGAUCGAGCUGGCCUUGUCGGAGCUGAUGGACCUACCCACUGUGGAGCAUUCGACAUCGUGUACAUGGCAUGCUUGCCCAACAUGAUCGUAAUGGCCCCAGCCGAUGAAGCCGAGCUGAUGCACAUGAUUGCAACAGCGGCGGCGAUCGAUGACAGACCUAGCUGCUUCAGAUUCCCUAGGGGGAAUGGAGUCGGUGUGGCCCUUCCUCCAAACAACAAAGGCACCCCUCUUGAGAUCGGGAAGGGAAGAGUUCUGAUGGAAGGAAACAGGGUGGCCAUCCUUGGAUAUGGUUCAAUAGUCCAGACAUGCUUGAAGGCUGCAGACUCACUGAGAUCGCAUGGAAUUUUCCCCACAGUGGCUGAUGCUCGGUUCUGUAAACCUCUGGAUGUGGAGCUCAUAAGGAGACUGGCAAAUGAGCAUGAGAUCCUGAUCACGGUGGAGGAGGGCUCCAUUGGAGGUUUCGGAUCACACGUCACUCACUUCCUUAGCUUGAGUGGCCUGCUGGAUAAAAACAUAAAGCUGAGGUCCAUGGUUCUACCAGACCGAUACAUCGACCAUGGAUCGCCACAGGAUCAAUUUGAAGUAGCUGGACUUUCCUCGAGACAUAUUGCAGCCACAGUGCUGAGUCUUUUGGGCAGAAGGAAAGAGGCAUUGCAUCUCCACUGAAGUUGCAUGACCUGAAACUCAAAAAGAAAUGGAAUUUGAUAACACCAUAAUGACUGGGUAUUGAGCUUGUAUAUGGAUGCCAAGUACCCAUUUCUCGAAUUCUUUCUUGUAUUACCAGAGACCCUGUGAAACUAGUUGGUCUUGUGUUGUCAUCUCUCUCGACCUUUGUUCAGAGAGGUUUCCAUUUGGUCUCUUUUACAAGGAACUGUGUAAUUUUCAUUUGAUGUACUGCUGUUGUCCAAGUAAAAGUUAAUUUUGCGA